AUGCGACAUGAAUAUGGCAGUCACAUGUCGAAGCAGGACUGUAGGGUCACCUUCGACCAUCUGCCGGGGCAGAUUGAGAGAAACAAGACAGGCCUGCCGAAACCGGUGGGCCACACUCCAAGCUACAGAUCGGACCGAAGGCGGUUGUCAUCAAGAUCGGUCUCGCCGACCAAAAAGUUCAGCGGUUCGGCGACGAGCACAGUCGACAUGGGUACCAGCAGCUGGGCCACACGAGCGAUGUCGCGGCUCACGGACAGUACCAGUGCCGAUGAGGAAGAGCUUGAGCCACACAGGGAGGAGAUCAAACCUCUCAAUCCCCAGGAGGAGGACUUGCUGAACGAGCAGUUCCACAGGGCCCAGGACGACAUUGAGAAGCUCCUGGUCUGGAUCCCCGUCUCGCUUGUCCUCGGCUCCAAGAAGGAGCUGGGUUUGGGAAUCAGCCUGGGAGGGACCCCUGCCCUGGCCCCAGCGACGCCGAGCAUGGCGGACAGCAUCCCGGACAUUGCCGAGGUGACCUACGCCGACCCCGAGACGGUCUUUAUCUUGUCGGGGUCAGCCACCGUGACCCCCGAGGGUGGUGAGGCAGUGAUGCUCUUGCCUGGCGACCUGGCAUCGUUUCCCCCAGGACGCACAUUUAUCUGGAAGCUGCAAUCCGAGCCUUUGCAGCUGAUGAGGGGCAUCCGAACACAGGGUGGGCAAAUCGUGGCCGAGAAGCUGUUGAAGGAUGUUGUCCCUGAAGGGGCUCCGCAGGAGAUCAUCUCCGCAACAUCCAAGAAAGACGAGAUUGGCCACCGCAUCGAUAUCAUUGAGUACGUGUACCAGUGGAAGUUUGACGAUGCCAUGGCUAGGCAGCUUCGCAGGAAAAAGUUUCAACUCCACUGCAAGGCUGCGGUCGUCGUGUCCAGAAAAAAGCAGUUCGUGUUGACCAUCGCAUCUGAGGAGAAUAGGUGGCCAAUCCGUGGUGAUGACUAUCAGAUUGCGAUCGACACGUUCAAGUUGACCUACUGA